GGGCCAUUUUGCUCCGCGCGGAGAGACGAGAGGUGGAGAGCGCCAGGGCUAGAGGAGGCGCGGGCCGGAGGAAACGACGGGCUGCGGGCUUUCCGCAUUCACAGUGCCCGCUCGGGCUCAGCGAUCGCCGGCGAAGGGGGUCGGGGGGCCCCUUCCCGGUCCCUGCACCAUGAGCUGGGGCACCGAGCUUUGGGAUCAGUUUGACAACUUAGAAAAACAUACCCAGUGGGGAAUCGAUAUUCUUGAAAAGUACAUCAAGUUUGUCAAGGAGAGAACUGAGAUUGAGCUCAGCUAUGCCAAGCAGCUCAGGAAUCUUUCAAAGAAAUACCAACCCAAGAAGAACUCGAAGGAAGAAGAAGAAUACAAGUACACGGCAUGUAAAGCGUUUCUUUCCACCCUGAAUGAGAUGAACGACUAUGCCGGCCAGCAUGAGGUCAUCUCCGAGAACAUGACGUCACAGAUCACGGUAGACCUGAUGCGCUACGUACAGGAGCUGAAGCAGGAGAGGAAAUCGAACUUCCAUGACGGACGGAAGGCCCAGCAGCACAUUGAGACAUGCUGGAAGCAGCUGGAGUCGGCACGGCAGCAAGCUCAAUUACGUCACCAAAUGGCAGAGGACAGCAAAGCCGAUUACUCCUCAAUCCUGCAGAGAUUCAACCAGGAACAGUGGGAAUACUACCAUACCCACAUCCCCAACAUCUUCCAGAAAAUACAAGAGAUGGAGGAAAGGCGGAUCGUGCGCAUCGGAGAGUCCAUGAAGACCUACGCAGAGGUGGACCGGCAGGUGAUACCCAUCAUUGGGAAAUGCUUGGAUGGUAUAGUGAAGGCAGCCGAGUCUAUCGACCAGAAAAAUGACUCCCAGCUGGUCGUGGAAGCCUACAAGUCAGGGUUUGAGCCUCCUGGAGACAUCGAGUUCGAGGACUACACGCAGCCGAUGAAACGCACAGUAUCAGAAAACAGCCUUUCGAGCUCAAAAGAAGGCAAGCCAGAGCUCAAGUUUGGUGGCAAAUCCAGAGGCAAGCUGUGGCCAUUCAUCAAGAAAAACAAGCUUAUGUCCCUUUUAACAUCCCCCCAUCAGCCUCCCCCUCCUCCCCCUGCCUCUGCCUCACCCUCUGCUGUUCCCAACGGCCCCCAGUCUCCCAAGCAGCAAAAGGAACCCCUCUCCCACCGCUUCAACGAGUUCAUGACCUCCAAACCCAAAAUCCACUGCUUCCGGAGCCUAAAGCGUGGGCUUUCUCUCAAGCUGGGUGCCACACCAGAAGACUUCAGCAACCUCCCGCCUGAGCAGAGGAGGAAAAAGCUGCAGCAGAAAGUUGAUGAUCUCAAUAAAGAGAUUCAAAAGGAGAUGGAUCAGAGGGACGCCAUCACCAAAAUGAAAGAUGUGUACCUAAAGAACCCUCAGAUGGGAGAUCCAGCCAGCUUGGACCACAAACUCGCUGAGGCCACCCAGAACAUAGAGAAGCUGCGGCUGGAGACCCAGAAGUUUGAGGCCUGGCUGGCUGAGGUAGAGGGCAGACUCCCAGCACGGAGUGAGCAGACACGCCGACAGAGUGGAAUGUAUGACGGCCAGACACAGCAGACAGUCACCAACUGCGCCCAGGACCGGGAAAGCCCAGAUGGGAGUUACACAGAGGAGCAAAGUCAGGAGAGCGAGCUCAAGGUGCUGGCCACGGAUUUCGAUGAUGAAUUUGAUGAUGAGGAGCCACUUCCUGCCAUAGGGACCUGCAAGGCCCUUUACACAUUUGAAGGUCAGAAUGAAGGCACCAUUUCCGUGGUGGAAGGGGAGAUGCUGAGCGUCAUCGAGGAGGACAAGGGUGAUGGGUGGACUCGCAUCCGCAGAAGCGAAGAUGAGGAGGGCUAUGUCCCUACCUCCUACGUCGAAGUCUAUUUAGACAAAAACGCCAAAGGUGCUAAGACUUAUAUUUAAUCCACUUAAGACAAAACAAAAACCUUUAAAAGCAUUGGAGUUGUCUCUCCCCACCACUUUGGCUGUUACCGGCCUUCAAGAGGCCGGCAGAGAGCAAGUGACAGAGACACUCGGGGAACUGGGGGCAUCUCGUGCCUGAGUUUGUCCAACUUGGCCAUGUGCAGAGCUGCCACUGGCCUGCUUACAACUGUGUCCUUUGAAAUCUGAUCAGUGUUUCCAUCCUUUCCACAAGAUAUGUAGGUUUUUUAAAUGUACAGUGGUGGUUCGUGCCGAUAAUCCCAGUGCUCAGGGGCUGAGUCAGGAGCACCCCACUGAGCGUCAGGUUAGCCUGGACUACAGAGUGAGACUCAGCAAAUCAACAAACAAACAAAUAAAUAAAGGUUACAUUUGUUACUUCAUCAGUG